AUUGAGACGCCUGAACCGGCCCCACCACGACUGGGCCUCGUUGCCGGUGCCCGUGGGGGCUUCCCACAUCCUGGUGGAGAACCUCCGGCCAGAUAUGAGCUACCAGUUCAGCGUCUUGGCUCAGAACAAACUCGGCAGCGGUCCGUUCAGUGAAAUCCUCUCCAUCGCGCCUCUGGGGGUCCCCACUCAGGCUGCGCCCCCCAUCCUUCCAACCACGGCCUCCCUGGUCUUCCUUCCCCCACCCCAGUUCCUGAGAUCCAACGAGACCACACGUGGGGUCCUUCUCCUGUGGGAACCUCCGCUCCACGAUCCUACAGCCUUAACGGGAUAUUCCCUGGAACUGCGGCAGAAUCGGGGGAAGUGGGAGGUGCUGAGUGGCUCCAUUCCCAGCUCCGAGACCCAAUUCCUGGUGCCUGGACUCAUCAAGGAUACCUUCUAUGAGUUCCGCCUGAUGGCCUUUGCCGGCAGCUACAUCAGUUACCCCAGUAACGUGGUCAAUGUUUCAACCACGG